AUGGUUUGGGAGAGGUCCAAGGGUGCUUUUGAGUACUCGCUCUCGCGAUACACUCCUCCUAUCACGACCAGAAAGCAAUUAUCACCCACCAAUUUGCCUGAUCCUGAUGAUAUGGGAAAAUCUGAUGACCAACUCACCUCGCUCGCACUUGUUGAGCUGUGGAUAGAGGAGAAUCUUGAUACCUGGGUGAGUAUGAGACUCUCACGUCCCUAUGCCUCUCGUAUGCUGCAUCGGUUUCUGCUCGCAUACCAUCAGGCCGCCAAGAAAGUGUAUCAGGGUCACCCGGAACGCAUGUCCCAUAUGUUUCUCGCGAUUUUCGAGCUUUGGGUUGCCAUCGAUCGCAUCUCCACUAACCUACAUCCACUGCUAUUGGAUCACUCGCCCGAAGUCCCCCUGGGUGUGUUAGAGUCUCUACUGCUCGACAAGCGAGCGGCGCUGGAGCGCCUGGCUCGAGUUGAGCUGCACAUCGCGACAUGUCGACAAUCAAACCAUACCCAGCCGCAGUCCAUGUUCAGUGACCCUUCUGAACAAUCCUUUGGCGUCAGAUUUUACAAUCAAUCCGAGCCAAUGCAGUACUUGAGAGCGAAAAUCGAAGCAGAUGCUCAGCAAGUCAGAGACAGCAAGUCGCUUGAGUGGCAGGAAAAGAAGACACACUUUGAAGACCUCAUGAAGAGAGUCAAUCGUAUGGAUUGUGGAACAUGGACGCCACGCGACACGGAUCGAAACGGCAACCCGUACGUCGGACAAACUCGACACGACAAGAAAUGCCGCAAGUGCAAGCUCAGGAAAGAAGCAAAUGCAAUCGAAAUUGCAAAGCAUGAGUGGCCAUUGCCGGAGGAUGAGGUGCAGUGUAAAGCUGCGGUAUUCGAGCUUCAAGCCCCAGAAGCCAUACUUACCUGGAGAGAUGCAACCUGGUUCGUUGUGCACACCCUGGGGAGGGCUGAUUUUGAAGGGCCAACAUCCCAACAAAGCCUGCUGUCCUAUCCACCGCUGGUCAAGUAUGUACAGAACAAUGACCGUCGAAUCACCCUCGCCUCACGUGUCAAACCUAUGAUCAAAACUCACUUCCUCAAGAGUGGAUUGUUCAUCGACAGAAUAUUCGUCAACAAUGGCCUAAUUUUGGCAUUCAAGGAUACCGCUCGCGGACGAGAGCGCGUUUGGACUGCGCAGCAAGACCACAGUGCGAUUUCCCUCAGCCGGGACUGUCAGUCACGGCUCUUGAGCACCGAGCCAAAGCACUUGGUUCGACAAGUGAAUGCGACAAGUCAUACACAUAAUUCUGUCCUUGCAAUGCAGUCGAAGUGUCCUCCUGAAAUGAGCCCGCAUGAACAUGUGCUCUUCGGAUCUCUAAGAUCUGGUGAGAGACUUCAGCUCAUCAACAUCUUAGCAAUGGUGAUGUCCUCAGAAGCGGAUAUCAACUCGGUGUCAACAGCUGUGCUUGCCACUCAUGCAAUUUGGCAUGUGGGAAAGCGAGAUCUUCAACGUCUAUCUGGGUAUUUGCGCGAGAGCCAGCUCGAUCUUCUCAACGAAAGCUUUUGUGACGCUCUUCUCUCUGCUGUGGAUGCUAGAUUUUCCUCAAUAGAAGCAAAUUGGAAAGAAGCAACCCAACCGCAGCAGGGGUACUUCUACUUGGUCCUCCGGAUUCGACAUGCUGCCCUGAAUUGGAUUCGCCGAUUAGCUAAGCUUUACAGUAACAGAAGAACUGCGUCUGCCGGGAGCGAAAAUCUGAAGGAGCUUUCUCGCCAGAUUACAAGCUCCGGACUGCUUGCACGGCGUACAUUCCACCUGGAUGCUUACCGUCAGCAAUUGGAGUUUUCAAAGAUUGGCACAGUGGCAGAUUAUGUGGAAGCAUCCAUCCAUCUCCACGACCACCAAGAUCAAGCCACUAAAGACGACGACCCCAAGCGGCAGGGCGAGUUGCUGAACGAUGCUUACCACUCCAGGAAUUCCGAAGCCUAUCUCCUGCUCGCUUUACAGGCUAGUGGCCAAGGAAUUAGUGACGGGAUCAAACGUUUCUGGCUGGGGGCAUCAUUCACAGACGCGUGGCAAAUUGUUGACGACCACAAUAAGUCUUGGAUCAAAAACUGGUCAAAAAGCAAGAUUGUGCAUUACAAUCUUGUCACUGGAAGCCUCCUUGUCUCGGGGAGAUCGCUUUCUCGACUCCCGCCUGGCUAUACGGAUGACUUGUUGUAUCGUUCUAUCUUCGCCGACCUUGACCUCGAAGUCUUCGCGUCAGAUGUGGAUGAUAUGGAGUACAUGUCACGUGUCGAGUAUGAAGGCCAUCAAAUCUACUUCGGAAAGAGAGACAACAAUUUAUUGAUCCGUUCGCGUCGUGGUGACGAGACUUUUGAAGCGAUAUCCAGGGACAUCUUUGAUGAGGAUCUGCCGCAGCCUGUUUUCAGGAACACAUCCCCUUGGAUGUCUCUGGAGACUGGAAACGUCUUCUUUCGCCGCCACAACAGCCCUUGGAUAUCUCAUGACGAUGAUUGGAUGUUGUCUCUGGAUAUCGAAUCAAGGCGUUCGAUUUCUUUGUAUUCCAAUAUUGGCUAUCUGGUGGACAGCAGCAGCGUUGUUGGCCAAAAUAUUUGUCAUAUUUUCGAACCAUUCGAAGAUCCACAACACAUCGUGAUUUUCAAAUCGAAUGAUGCGAUAACCACCGUUCAAAUCACACUGCCACGCUAUCACCUAAACUUUCUCUUGCAACUUAAUGGCGAUAUCAAGUGCAAGGAGCUUUCUGCGAUCGUCGACCGCAGUCAGUCCAUCGGAACCUUUCAUGGGUUGAAGAAUAAGCUUGUUCUCAGAGCGGCCAAUACCAUCUCAGCAAGAACUGUACGGACUGUCCUCAUACCGAAUGGCAAUGUGACAGUAUCUGCAGUACCGCCUCAUGUCGAAGUGCGCAUACAGUUGAACAAAGAUGGUAAGUUGACAUUCUCGCAAUAUCGACUUGAUGGUCGCCUGGGUCAGCUUGUUAGCGACGACUUGGAAGGCCAUCUCUUGAAGACCUACCUACAUGCUAUCACAAGUUUUCCAGAGCCGGACUCCUUCACUUCUCGUACUGGUACGGAAGAAGCCUUGUUCGGUCUCUCAGAUCCCGUCACACGCACCACAGUGCCACUAUCUGCCAGAGCUCAGAAGCUCCUUGGUCUUCUCGCAGGACUCUCAUCUGAGCUCAGUUUCUACCCCAAAGGCCUGCGGAUGAUGCACACAAUCACGCUCAAGGAAAAUUUACCAGUGCUUGCACAGCGAGAUAUCUUCUUCGGCACUGUGCUUAGCAUCAUUUCACACAAUUCCAAUGCAAGCUUCCUGUUCGAGGAAAAGACCUCGGCCAUCAAUCGUCCUAUUUAUCCCGGAGAUACAUAUCUACUCGAGAGGUCUCAUUGGCGCUCUUCAAAGCUCUUUGCCAACGAAUCUGUAGUGGAUGAUAUCUCACUGCCGGAAGAUCUACACUACAAGUCGCGUGAUUUAGUGCUAAGUCCGGCCCAAGAGCAGGCCUUCGCAAUGGCGAGCCUUGUAACUUCUGGAAAAUCAAACUUUAUUGUGGAUCCAGAAAUCAAGUCGCUCUUGAAGGGUUGGGAAACAAUUUCUGGCUUCCACCAGGAGUUUUCCAUCCUUUCAAUUGCUCAACUGUUGGACGAGCCGCUGAAAGACCACUGGGCGCCACUGCUCAGCUGGUGCAGAAAAUCCCCUUCCAAAUCUAGCCUCUGCUUUCUCUUCUCUCUGAUGACUUAUGGAGAUAGCGAUAGAAGUCCACAACUUCAGACCUUGCUAGCCUUCGCCGGUUCAGCUCGCCUUCAAGGUCUUCCAGUCCCUUACAAUGAUUUCUACGACUUCAGAGAUGGUUACUCAGUAAAUCAACGCGACAUCAAAACGAUUCUUUCAGAAUGUGAGAGACCAUACACUUCUGCCUCUGAAGAUGAAGAGGAAACGGACUCUGAAGAGGACUCUGAAGCGGAAUCUGAAGGACAAAUCCGCUAUGACGAGGAAACUGCAGCUCAAAGCAGGCAAUUUAUGGAAGCUGUGGAAGCUUCUUGGCCCGGGUCACACGUUGAACUACCUCGUAAACGCAAUUUGAGUCAUUACAAUUAUGGCGACCUCAAAGCCCUGCUAAAUGGCAGGUUUGCCGCCUGGUACCAGAACUACGAGUUCCUGUCGCUUUGUGACAAAUAUGAACAGAGUUUGAGAAGUCGCAAACACUCGUGGACUGCUCCCGAGAUUCCUCCCAUCAUUAUUUAUCAUACCUCAGCUCAGCGCGAUCGUAUUCCAUGUCCUACACGGCCAUCGAUCCUCGCCAUCAUGAAAACUGUCGAUGUGACGGAGGCCGAUUUUUGUGAGACCCGCCCUAGCAUGCUUGAUCACAACCUUGCGAACGUCAUUACAGCUAGACAGAAGAUUGAAUUGCUGAAUGCCAACGAAACUCGAGUUGCUUUGGAAGGUGUAGAAGAAAUUAUUGAAGAGCUGGAAGCUGAUGCGACUCCGACCGUUCGAGAAUAUGGGAGGUUCAUUAACAAGAGCCUUCAAGCGCUAAAUGCAGCCGCAGCCGCCACGGAUCAUAUUAGACACCCAACCCAGAUCUUCUUACGAGAGAAAGCUACUGUUGUACAGACUCGGAUCGACUACAUUCUUCGCCAGUGUCGAGUCCUCCUCGGUCCACAGCUUCCUUCCGAGCGUGCACUUGGGGGAGCUCGCCUUUGGCCGUCGGUCUCGGAUAUGGCUUUGCUCCAACUUCUGUCGGCUGAGAAUCGGUCGCAGCUCCCAAUUCCGUGGAAAAAGGUCAUCCUCCGCUUCGCAGAAGAAAUUACAGCCCUGCAGCGUGUGGAACGUAUGCAGAAAUAUCUGGCAGCUGACGAUAAAUUUGCUCUUUCCAAAGAAUUGGCAAACCCAGCCCACGCUGGGUGGUCAACUGAAGAUUGGCCGGACUGGCUUCUGCUUGAAAUUCAAAAUCAAAUCCUGAUCCGUCCUGAGCAGAUCCACAUCGCACUUGAGAUUAUCGAACCGAAAUCUGGAGUUGUGCUUGCAGAUAUGGGUAUUGGCAAGAGCUCAACCAUCCUGCCAAUGGUGGUGACAGCCCUCGCAACUGGCUCAUCGCUUGUCCGGGUCAUUGUCUUGAAGCCCCUUGCGAACGAAAUGCUUCGAAUUCUGUCGCGAUCUCUGGCUGGACUCGUUGGCCGAGCAGUGUAUUAUCUUCCCAUUUCGCGACAAACAAAUCUCACUGGGAAGAACCUGGAAAAGCUUCAGGGUAUAUACGAAACUUGCAUCGAAAAUGCUGGCGUUCUUGUCAGCCUUCCAGAACACUUGAACUCGUUUCGCCUCUUAUGUAAUGACAAGCUUCACGCUGAUGCGGACCUUGCACAGCAGCUUUUUGGCAUCCAAGACUUCGUUGAUCGAAAUGCUCGAGAUGUCAUAGAUGAGUCCGACCAGGUGCUUGAGCCUGGCUACGAAUUAGUGUACACAACAGGAGAAUCGAGCCUGCUCUCGAAGUCACCAGAACGAUGGGUCGUUGCUCUUGAGAUGCUCGAACUGGUCCGGCGAAACGUCGGUACAUCAUUAGCAAAUACACCCUCGGGUCUAGAGGUUGAGCGACGGGCGACCGGUUCCUUCGAUCAUAUCCGAGUUCUUAACGAAGAAGGCGCUCAGACGUUAAUGACAUCUCUAGUCGAUUCGAUACUGGAAGGCGGGUUGCCUAGUGUUCCGUUGGGCCACUGCAAUGCGGAAGUCUUGCAGGCGCUUCGAUCAUUCAUCCAUGAUGCAGACCUUGAACCCGAAGCUUUUCAAUUGGUCUCGGACCAUUUCGAAGGAUCUGAGCAAUUGGAUAUCUUGUAUGUGGUCCGUGGCCUCAUCUCGUACCAGAUCCUGACACAUGCACUGCGCAAGAGAUGGAUGGUGAAUUAUGGUCUUGACCGAACUCGAGCUGGGGGCCCUGGUGGUUGCCUGGCUGCAGUUCCCUAUCGCGCAAAAGCAAUACCGUCACAAUCCUCCGAAUUCGCACAGCCAGAAACGAUGAUCAUCCUGACAACGUUGUCAUAUUACUACACUGGUCUGCUAUACCAGGAGCUUCGGCAGUGCAUACUCAUGCUGUUGAGAUUACCAGAUCCCUCUGAGGAGUUCUCUAAAUGGGUGAUGAACUCGAGAUUACCAGCUACAUAUCGAAAGGCGAUACCGAUCAAUCUUGAUGAUGCAUUGUGUUUGGAUACCCUGUACCAACAUUUUCGGCUCAACAAAGCUGCCAUUGAUUUCUUCCUCAAGUUGAAGGUGUUUCCGAAAGAAGCAAGAGAAUUCAAAUGGAAACUUUCGACUUCGGCAUGGGACCUUUGUGCCACCGAUAACGGUAGAGUUACCACUGGAUUCUCUGGGACGUGCGACAGUCGAAUCCCAUCCACAAUCAAGCAAAAGGAUCUACAGAGCCUCCGACACAGCACAGCAUCUACUCUAGCAACCAUCCUGCGGUACGACAACCGUCAGUACAUUUGUGCCGCGUCUUCGCACGGACAACGUCUCUCGACUGAUGAGAUGAUUGAUCUGAUCGUUGGUCAGGUGAAGGAGCGUUCAGUGAUAAUCGAUGUUGGUGCUCAAUUCUUGGAAGACAACAAAGAAAUUGCAGCGAAGUGGCUGAACAAAUGCAACAAGAACAAACUGGCAGCCAUUUUUUUCAAUGAUAGGGACGAGAAAAUGGUUCUGAAUCACGACGGCAGUACCGAGAAGUUCAACUCUUCCAUUUUCAAGGAUGAAAUUGGAUCUUGUGUCAUUUACCUCGAUGAGUUCCACACUCGUGGUACAGACUUCCAGUUGCCCGACUCGUUUGCAGCAGCCGUCUUGCUAGGCCCUCGAAUCCCGAAAGACAAUCUGGUACAAGCUUGCAUGCGCAUGCGGAAGCUUGCGGCGACGCAGUCUGUCGUCUUCAUUGCGCCUCCCGAAGUCGACCAGAGCAUUCGAGCUGUAAAGGAGACCACGCUGGAAGAUCUGAGCAGCCUUCAUGUCAUCCGAUGGGCAAUUCAUCAGUCCUGUUUGGUCCUACAACAUCAAGACGCACUGUGUACGACGAAAGGUAUUGUUCAUAGCCGCCACAGACUAGCUGUGGCCCGUCAUGUGCAACAUACCGGACUGGUAGUAAAUGUCAAGACUUAUCUGCAGCAAAUCCGCGAACAAGAAAGUCGCCCGGUUUUUGAAAUGUAUCGUCCGGACCAGAGCCACGGAAAGGAACUUCCUUUUCUACCUUCCGAGAAGGAGCGAGAGGACGAAAUCAUGGCGAACCUCUUGAUUGACUGGCAUCGAAUCGACACUGCAGGCUUCGAGGACAAUGACUUUUCCGAAGAGCAAGAAAGAGAAGUGCUUCACGAAGUCGAGCAGGAAAGAGAAGUGGAACGCCCCAGGGAAGUCGUACCGGCAGUCCCUGCCGAGUGCAAGGCAUUGCUAAACCUCAUCCGGGAUGGCACAAUACCAAGCGGCAGUUUGGAUGGCAUUGUUCCGGCUUUCGACCUUCUCAAAACAACGAAGCUUGCGGCCAAAUACUCACAAGCUUCGUGGCCUAUGCAGAUUCUUGCCACAACAGAUUUCAUUCACACAAUCGCAUCUCGAGGAGAAAGUGCACAGGAUGACUUUCUGAGGCCUGUAACAUGGGUAUUGCAUGCCAAACGCAUCAAGCAGCCCAUAAUUAUCUCUCCACACGAAGCCAACCUCUUCAUGGAAUCCAUUCGUGAGUCGAAGCGCGCUUCUCUGUUUCUUUACCAAGCGAGGGUUUCCAAAUCUAUGGUCUCAUUCGACAAGUUAAAUGUUUACAAGAUACCAGAACAUGAACACGGUGUCACCAUCACACCUGAACAGUCAGCCAUUCUUAACUUGUUCGCCGGUCAACUAUACUUUAACAAUUUCGAGGAGUACAAAGUCCUCUGCAUGUUGAUCGGGCUUUGGGACGGUGAGCGAGAGUUGCCGAAUCGACGUAACGUCGCCAGUGACAAUUGGGUCUCACCAGCUUGCCGCAAAGCAAAUGGAUGGACCGAAUGCACGUUCAAAUCAAGCCCAAUACAGACCAUCAAGGCAUUCAUCAACAUGAGACGGUUAGGAAUCGAGUGGUCCCAUACACAUAUGGGACGCAUCUUGGCUGGCAGACUCUUGAACCCGAAGGAUUUCGAAGAUGAAGACAACGUGCCUGCAGAAGGAUUAGACAACUUGGUUUCUGAGGAGAAUCAUUUUAAGAAUGAUCAGGUGCCUGUUGCGGCGUUGCAAAGCCUGAAGCUGACAGAAGAGGAGUGA